CACAGAGGGCCCAUCACCAAGGACCAUGGCUACUACAGGAUGCUGGCUGCUAUGCCCCAUCAGGAGUCAUCCCCGCUUCUCCGCCCACAUCGGCUCGGCUUUCCCAGCACAGCUGAAUCAAAGGGGACUCGUCCCCAGCCCACGCAGACCAGGGCACGUGCAGGAGCUGGGAUGCACCCUGAGGACGCUGCCAGCUCUGGGGUGAGGCACCGACACCGGGCAGCGAACAGGGCCUCCAGGAGGCUGCUGUGGAGAGGAGCCUGGGAGCAGGACAGCACGGAGACAGCCUGUGAGAAGCCCUGGAACAGGGUCCCAAGACUGUGGUGCAAGGAGAAGACAGGAGGAGACACCACAGUCCUGGAUCAGGGUGGGAGCUGGUGCCAGGAGCCAUGUGGGGAGCAGGCAGGGGAUGACAGGCCAAAAGAGUCUCAGGGGAAGCCAAGGCGGAGGCUGAAUGUCAGAGUGAGACAGACUGUGGGGAACAGGGAUCGCAGAGAAGGGGCACAGCUGAAGGGAGAGAGAGGGCAGGUUCCCAUCCAGGGGGUAGGGCAGCUGGAGGGAAGGGAGGGACAUUCAGCUAUGGGGCAGACACAGAAGGAGGAGGAGGAAGAGGAAGGUCUGGCAGGAGGAUUGGGGGGCCAAGAGAGGGAGGAGGAUGAGGAGGGGAAUGAGGGCCUGGUGGGGAGGCAGGGGGACCAGGAAGCAGGGGAGAAGGAUGAGGAGGCAAAUGGGGGAGAGGACGAAGAAGACCUGGUGGAGCGGAGGGGCCAGGAAGAGUGUGGUCUGGCAGGGGGUCAGAGGAGCAAGGAGGAGGACAGCGAGGAGGAGGAAGGCCUUGUGUGGGGGCAGAAGGGCCAAGAGGGUGGUGAGGAUGAGGAGAUGGAGGGUGAGGAAGGCCUAGCAGGCGGGCAGGGGAGUGAGGAGGAGGAGGGCAGCAAGGAGGAGGAAGGCCUGCCGAAGGAGUUGGGGGGUCAGGAGGAGGCUGAGGAGGAGGAAGGUCUGAAGCAGGGCAAGGAAGAGGAGAGCAGCGAGGAGGAAGAAGGCCUAGAGGGGCAGCAAGGGGGUCAGGAGGGAGGAGAGGAGGAGAAGGGCAGUGAGGGCCUGGUGGUAGGGGGCACAGAAGGCCGUGUGCAGGAGGAGGAGGAGGAGGAAGAUGCAGACAGCGACUUGGUGCUAUGUGCCCUGGGAGCUGGUGCCCAGUGGGGCCCAGGCAGUGUUGAGCAGGGCAGGGGCCGUGGCAGAGAGACCCCCGCAUGGAACAGCCACACCCCAGAGUCCCCACAGGAUCUAGGACAGGAUUCAACCUGGGAGGAGGAGGAAGAGGAGGAUGCAGAGAGUGAAGGGGAUGAGGCCAUAGAAGCUGCUUUGGCUCCCCAAGGAAACGCAACAGAACCAAGGGCGAAGAGGAGAACGUCAGAGAGCCAUGAGUGGAGGAAAGGCCGCCAGAGAAGACCCCGCUUGGAGGAAGGGUCAAGGAAAGUCAAGGUGGUCAAGGAGGCACCGCCCGCCAGCACCACCCAGUGGCCAAGGACACCGCCACGGGGGCCUGCAGCUCGCAGUGUCACAGGGUUCUGGGGUGACUCGGAGGAGCUGGGAGCAGGCCUGGAAACGUCCCUGAGGAAGGACCGGAGCCUGGACGACCAAGACGACUUCUAUGACUGAGGGGUCCCAGUGAGACGGGGGCGAUCUGGGAUUGGAGACUCACUGUGCUGGGCCUUGGGGGCCACAGAGAGACCCAGAGACAGUGCUGUGAAGCCAGCCAGCAGGGUGGGAGCGACACAUGGACUGAGGGAUCCCUUCCCCCCGAGCGUGGAGUUUGUGACCCCAUCCUGAGGCUGCUCCCCACGCCACACAGUGCAGGAUUCUGAUUGUCCAGAGCCCUCGGAGCGUGAGGGUGGCACAUCAGGCAAUAAAGUUCCCAGAAAGGAACUGAGUGGAGAGGCCAUGGGGGGCAAAGGGGCCCAAGGUGGGCAGGGAGUUUAUAAUGCCCCAUUGUGGGAUGGUGGGGAAUCUUUCCCAGUCAGGGGCUGGGUCAGAGGAGCAGGGGAGACAGAAUGCACUGGGGGACUGAGGGCACUGAGUAAGACAAGCUGAUUAAUUGGGAGUGAUCAAAUGGGGUGGGAGAGAGACAGGGCCCUGGCAUCAAUCCGGAGUCACCCACUGACUGCUAGGGAUCAGGCCAGUGCCCAUCUGUACUGCGGGAGUUGGGAAUCUGGCACCUGGGGCAGCGCAGCAUCGGUGCCAGUGCAGCUCAGCAACCUGGCUGCUAAGGGAGAGACACUGUCAGGGGGAGACCCAGCCCCGCCCCAUGGCGCUGGUGAAUCCCAUGACCCACCCCCUACUUAGCACAAGAGACAGCAGGGCUAGCAGGAGGUGCCCACGUGGGGAGGGGAGGGGAAGGAAGGAAGGAAGGGCCAUGCGCUGGGCACAGAAAAUGGCUCAGCCCUGGUCUUAGAGUCCCCUGGCCCACGUAUAGGUGGCCCUGCCCCGUGUCUGGGAAUGAAGCAGUGACUGGGGCUGUGCGGGACUCUUGGGGGCGGGUCCCAGCUGUGAGUGUGUCUGUGGGGAUCCACUAUGACGGGGGGGGGGGGGGGGAAGGGGAAGGUCAGAGCUCAGUCAGUGAUCAGUCAGUGCCAGGCAGGCCUGGCAUUAGGGUCUGCGGCAGCCAUUAGGGGCCACUGUGCAGGUGGGGAGGGAGAGAGGGCAGUAUUACCAACCUCAAGAGAUAAAAAAGCGUAUGAGUCAGAUCCUGAAAAAUCCUGGGGUUUUAAGCAAGAUGGUGUGGUUGUGAUGGCUGAACUCCCCCUGCCCACCUCAGUGUGUGUGUCACACAGCAUGUAUAUGACAAUUGCUGAUGCCAACGCUCCUACAGGUAACAGGAGUCAGGCCUGGCAGGCCUCCUCUGGGAGCCCCAUAGGACCCAGAGCUUGGGGUGGGAAGUGGGGCGGGGGCUCAGACUUGGCACCACCGCCUGCAGAAGCGAGGCAGAAUGGAGAAGCGGGAGCUCUGGGGGGUAUCCGCCUAAGUACCUCAGAGUCACAUCCUCCUCUGCCUCCCAGGAUCCAUUACGCUACUCCUGCCAAGCACCCCCAGCACCCUCUCUCAUCUUGUCCCUGGCCAAAGCUGGACAGGGCAACCUAAACGACAGCUGGGUUUGCAAAUGUUUGGGGCCAGAUCCUUGGCUGAUGUAAAAAGAGCUAGAGGAUUUAUACCUGCUAAGCAUCUGGCCCUUUAACCCACCUAAUGGCAUUGAGCCUGGUUCUCCUGUCCCUUGGCAGCCCGGUAAACCAGGAGUGACCACAUCAAUGUCUGUGCAGUUACACCAGAGUGAAACCAGAGUUGGUGGGAGAAGUCUCAGUACCGCUGGAUGGAAACAGAGUAAAUUUUCCUCUGAGGUGCAAUUAAAGCCUAUCAGGAGCUGAGCAAUGUGGGCUGCAGGCAGCACCUUAGAACUUGCCAUGCUAAAACAAUUUGCUCUCCUGCUGCUCUGUACCACUCAGACUUUCCUAUGAAAGUCCCCGAAGCUGGUGGAAGGUUUUCCAGAGCAAUGUUUUUCCAGCAAAAAAAAUGGCUUUGUGACUAAACGAAAAUCCCAUUCUCUCCCCCCCUUCAAAAAACUUCUAUUUUUGUCAAAACAUUUCAGGGAAAAACCUGAAAUCUGCAAAUUUCAACAACAAAAAGGAUGUGUGGGGUUUUUUGGGGGGAGAGGAGGGAAAAUGGGUAAGGUUUGGUUUACCAAGCCGCCUUCCUAGUUACUUUAAGGAAGGCCAACAAAUAUUCCAGAGUUUCUAUAUGUGGAAGAGAGACCCCACGUUGCUGAUUUUAUUGUGAGUUUCGUGAUACUUGGUUUUUCCCUUAAAGCCCCAGAGCCCAGACUCUUGGCAUUAAAGAAGAAUCUUAACUUUCAUUAAAAUGAGUAACUAAAAAUCAGCUCUCCUGAUUGUGGAAAAAAGCUUGUCCCCAAGUGCCCCAUAAAGGUUCAGAAAUCAGAAGGCAAAUAACAAUA